AAAAAGCCCCUAACAUGCCCUCAUGUCUAAAGAUGGAUGGUCCAAAAGCGAGCGCUGACCCUCCUGAGUUCCAGGUUCAGCACCAGCCACAGACCAGGUCACCUGAGACCAUCCAUCCUGCUCCAGGAUCAGCACCUCAUUCUCCUCCUGGGUCAUCUGCUAUCUGGAAGAAGAGUCCAGGUUUGGCCUGCAGCAGACGCAUCCUUUGGGAGCACACCAGGGGGCGCUAUACAUGUGUACAGUGUGGCCAUGUGGUAACCAACCGCAAGGAAAUGACCCUGCACAUCAGCAGUAAACACAGCACCGUCAAAGCUGUAGAAGAUACAGGGAGCUCUGCUACGAAUACUUAGUGUGGCAACUCGAGUUGUCUGUAUGUGUCGAGGUUUUAGCCAAAUUCUGAGUGCUGGCUGUGCACAGCAGGAGUUAUGUGCAUGGAUCAGCUUGGGUAAUGAUGCUAAGAAAAUUGUAUAUUAUUGUUUCUGUAGAGCAUCUAACAUCUUCACCUCUUGAAUAAAAUUUCAGACGUUUUUGUGAAA